UCUAGCGGAGACGCUGCUGGGGGAGUAGCGGUCCGAGCGGAACGUGGGUUGGACGUUGCAUCCCGGCGGUGGGAAGCUCAAGGCUGGACCAGGAGUUCGGAUCGACCUGGUACGGAGAAGGGGCGUGCCCGGGACAGGGAUCAUUGAAAAAUCCUUAGUGGUAUUGACAUGUCUCAAGUGACAUAAAUUAGCCAAUGACUCGGAAUGAUGGAUUCUCCGAAGAUUGGAAAUGGUUUGCCAGUGAUUGGACCAGGGACUGAUAUAGGGAUAUCUUCACUCCACAUGGUGGGGUAUUUGGGAAAAAAUUAUGAUCCAUCAAAAGUUCCAUCCGAUGGUUAUUGCCCUGCUUGUAGAGAAAAGGGAAAGUUAAAAGCCUUAAAGACUUACCGAAUUAGUUUUCAAGAAUCGAUCUUUUUGUGUGAGGAUUUGCAGUGCAUCUUUCCUUUGGGCUUUAAGUCACUUAAUAACUUAAUUUCUCCGGAUUCGGAAGAUUGUCACACUCCAAAUAAACUUCACAAAAGAAAGCUCUUGGAAACCAGCUAUAACGAUGCACCUGUUUUAGCAAAUUCCAAAAAGACUAGACAUCAUAUUAUUGAUGGUGAGCCAAUUUUGGACAGCAAAUAUAAUGGAGAAGUAUAUAAUGAAACCUCAUCAAAGUGUUCUGAUGGUAGUACUCAUCAGCAUCCAAUUGGGACAGCUCAUUCCUUGGAGCAGAAUAAGGUUUUGGAAGCUGGUGUUGUUGACAUGGCUACUAAAGAAGAUCCUAGUACAGUUGACAUCUCUGGAGUUGGGCAAACUUCCCCUCAAAAUGAAGGAGGCACAUCUGAACUGGAAAUACCAUUGGAAAGCAAGUGUACAUCGUUUCGGCAGACUUUUUAUGUUCAGUGGAAAAAUGCUCAUGCUCUCUGUUGGUUAGACUGUAUUCUUUCAGCUUUGGUACACUUGGAAGGAUUAAAGAACACUGUGACUGAACUGUGUUCUAAGGAGGAAUCUGUUUUCUGGCAGUUGUUUACAAAGUAUAAUCAAGCGAAUAAGCUGCUGUCUACCACUCGAUUGGAUGGAAUUAAAGGUGGAGAUUAUAAAAAACUUCCUCCCAAAAUACUUGCAGAGAUCGAGACCUGUCUGAAUGAAGUCAGAGCUGAAAUUUUUAGUCGACUUCAGCCCCUGCUCAGAUGCACAUUAGGUGACAUGGAAAGCCCUGUGUUCGCAUUUCCCCUGCUCUUAAAACUAGAGCCCCACAUUGAAAAGCUCUUCACAUAUUCUUUUUCCUGGGACUUUGAAUGUUCCCAGUGUGGACACCAGUAUCAAAACAGGUGUACGAAGAGUUUGGUCACUUUUACAAAUGUCAUCCCUGAGUGGCACCCUCUUAAUGCUGCCCAUUUUGGUCCUUGUAACAAUUGCAACAAUAAAUCACAAAUAAGAAAAAUGGUAUUAGAAAAAGUGUCUCCCAUAUUCAUGGUGCACUUUGUAGAAGGCUUGCCACAGAAUGACUUGCAGCGCUAUGCAUUUCAUUUGGAAGGAUGUCUUUAUGAAAUAAAGUCUAUCAUUCAGUACCAAGCAAGUAAUCAUUUUAUAACCUGGAUUUUAGAUGCUGAUGGAAGUUGGCUGGAAUGCGAUGACUUAAAAGGCCUGUGUUCUGAAAGGCAUGAAGAAUUUGAAGUUCCUGCUUCAGAGAUCCAUAUCGUUAUUUGGGAAAGAAAAACAUCCCAAGUGACAGAUGAAGAAGGUGCUCGCCUUCCACUUAAAAAACCCAGUGAUGAGCAUGCUUCUGGUGCUGAGCAGCCAGCGUCUCCAGCGCUGUGUCCUGGGCGUGCGGCCCCCUCAGCUGGCGCGACCUCCGUGACUCACCCUACAGGUAGAUCAGUCGCUCCUCCACCAGGCGAUGCCAUGGCUCCUGGGGAUCAUUUUCUCCCAGAACCAAAAGAUUGGGUUGCCAAUAAGGUUUUACCUUUGACACUUAAAGAAACUAUCCAGGAAACCGCCUCCAUUGUCCAAGUUAACUCUCCAUCUUUCCCAAACUUAGAAAAUAAGCCUGUAGCAGAAAAUACAGGAAUUGUCAAAACCAGUGCUUUGCCAUCACAAGACUCACUCACUGCUUCUUCGGUAUCAGAUCCAUGUAAAGAAAAACAAGUCCAAGACCAGUGUGUAGGUUUAGGCGUUCCAUCUCAAGCUGUAAAAACAAACAUGCCGUCAGCGCAGCUGAAUACAGGAGACAGCGGCAGUUCUAUAUCUGUGAGUGACAGUCACGCUGCUGUCCUUACACAGGGAGUGGAGGCAACAGGAAUGGAGACGAGUGCUCAGUUCAAACAGUCCUUACCACAACAAUUGGAGGCAUUAAAAUCAGACCAACACACUGCAUCUCAGCUUUCUACUUUGGAGGAGAAGAAACCUGCAGCCGAUCCGCAGACCUUCACAGUGAAGUCGCUACAGAGUCAGUCUCUGCAAGAAAAUCCGAAGAAACCGUUUGUGGGAAGCUGGGUUAAAGGCUUAUUAAGCAGGGGGGCUUCUUUUAUGCCACUCUGUGUUUCAGCUUGCAAUAGAGACACUGUCCUGCAUUCAGUAGUUACAAGGGCAAGUAGCGCAGAUGGCUUUAAAGGUAAAGGUAGAAACCAAAAGGGUAAGCAGGUAUCCAAGAAAUCUCGGAGGCACGCAGGUAAGCCACUUCCGGUCCAGAGUCCCCCACCAGCUUGUCCACCUGCCGGCACGGCCGCUCCUCCACCAGCUGGCACAGCUGCUCCACCUACAAGCACAGCCGCUCCUCCCCCACUUAGCAAAACCGCAGCUCCAGCUCCUCCACCGGCUCACACGGCUGCUCCGCCUGCUAGAAUUGCUGCUCCUCCAGCUCCUCUACCACUUCGCACGGCCGCUCCUCCACCUGCUAGCAUAGUUCCUCCUCCUCCUGCUAGCAUGGCCGCUCCUCCACCACCUAGCAAAACCGCAGCUCCAGCUCCUCCACCUGCUAGAAUUGCUGCUCCCACUGUGAAUGCUGCCUCAGAAGGUUUGAAGACGUGUGAAAACACCUCCUAUAGAGCUCACCUCAGCCACAGUCCUCUCUCUUCAGCAAAACAUGGAGACUCAGUUGAAGGUCAGAUCCAUAAACUUCGACUAAAACUUCUUAAAAAACUAAAAGCCAAAAAGAAGAAAUUAGCUACCCUUAAGUCUUCCCCGCAAAAUGGAACACUUCCAAGUGAACAUUUAGAGCAAGUGUCCCAGUGUGAGUCUCCAAAUGACUGUGAAUCAUUAGAAGACUUGUUAAAUGAGCUACAAUAUCAGAUUGAUAUUGCAGAUAAUAAACCUGGGUGCACUCCUGUUUCUGAUGUUUCCUCAUACAGUGGUCAGACUCCUGAAGACAUUUUAGCAGAACUGUUGUCUCCUACAAACACUGUUUCAACAGAGCUCUCAGACAAUGGAGAUGUGGACUUUGGAUACUUGGAAAUGGGAGCUAACUGUAUCCCAGCACCAGUACCUAGUGAGCUAAAUGCUAUUCCCCAAAACACACAUCUGCGACAGGACCAUGAUUAUUGCAGCCCCAGCAAGAAAAGUCAAUGUGAAGUUCAGCCGGACUUAGCAGCAAGUGAUGCCUGCAUUAAAACGUUAAGCUUGGAGAGUCCCGUGAAGACUGAUAUUUUCGAUGAGUUUUUUUCCACUUCGGCAUUAAAUCCUUUAGCCAAUGACACACUAGACUUACCUCAUUUUGACGAGUACCUGUUUGAGAAUUUUUAAAUGCUUAAUUCUUUUCAGUUUAAUAUUUAUUAUUGCACUUAGAAAAAAACGUGUUUUCAGGUAGUGUUCAUACACUGGCCUUAUGUAAUAACCAUGAAAAAAAUGUAAGCUACUAGGGGGUUGUUUUCCUUCUGGUUUUGCCUAUGAAGGAUGGACUCUGUUUUACAAAUUAAAUUGAUCAGGAAUGUAUUCUCCUUGUUGGUUUCAUUUUCUGUUUAUGGGAAGAUGAGGAUUUCAAAAUGUAAAACACGAAGAGUACUGUAUCGUUUCUGGCAGUGCAGUUGGGUGCAUUGAAUUUGCAAGUUUAAAUUUUGGUUAUGUCGGUUCAGGAAAAACACUAGACAAACAUAAGUUGUUGUAUGCAGUGUAUGAAUGUGUGACAGUUGCGCUUCUGGUUCUGUGGUCCUAGAGCCCAAGCCUGUUUCUUCUGUUCAUAGAGUGCUGUGAAGAUGUAAACUUACUUAGGACCAGUCGUCUGCUUUUUCUCCUUACGAAAGAUGCCAGGAAAUCUUACUGCUAGAACUUCGAGUAAUAUUAAGUUACCAAUAAAUGAGCUUUAACAGUAAGAAGUAAUGUAUGUUUAUAGCGAUAUACAAAACAUUAACAUUAACCUGAAUUUCUUGCCAAGGCAUUUAGUUAUGUACAGAGUGAGACACCAUGUAACAGUUCUGUUUAGGAAGAGAAUAAUAACCAAUGUUUGUCAGGCUUGUUAUGAGGCUGUUGGGUUCUGUAAUGUUAUGAAACGUUGAUUCAGUUAAAUCCCAGCAUUCUUAAUGCAUGAGAUGCUUUGAUCGCACUUCACAGAUAAAGAGCGCCUGGACACUGUGGGUACGUUGUAGGGCUGGGAUUGAGUAGAGUUGUUGUCACGCAGUCAGCAGUGUUACCUGCCUCAGUUCCACCUCUCAGGCUUCAUGUCGCGAUUAGAUCCCCAGACAGCAUCGCUGCCGCAGUGAUUUCAGGUGACAGCAGCAGUUCCUUAGAUUUAAGGGUGGCAGUGGUCUUUGGGUAAAAGACGUGGCCAGAAACUCAGUACUUCAUAAUCUGUUUGUCAGAUUUACUCCCACACCCCUCCUGGUUUGUGUGUGUGUGUGUGUGUGUGUGUGAGAGAGAGAGAGAGAGAGAUUAUUGAAUAUAGUCAUAUAAGCAUAUAAUACAUAUUUAUUGUAAAUAAAAAUGGAAAAAUACAGGAAAACCGGAUUUUGAAUCAUCCAUCUUGAUUGAUACUUAAUGAUAGCUAUUGCAAACAAUCAUGUUUUAUGCAUAUAGAUUUUAAAUAAAAAUGAGAGCC